AUGCAAAGGGAGAAACUUAUUGAAGAAGUGAGAAAAUAUCCAUAUUUAUAUGACUUAAGUGACGCUAAAUACAGUAAUAGUAUAAAAAAGGACGAGGCUUGGAAACAAAUAAGUAUUACUUUAAAGCAAUCUGAAUCUGAAUGCAAGAAAACUUGGUUAAAUCUUAGAGAAUCUCACCGACGAGCUAUGAAGAAGCGUAAAACUAAGAGUGGUCAGGCAGCCCCGACGACGAAAAAGUGGACCUUUGAAGAUGAAAUGAGUUUUUUAGUACCUCAUUACAAAGAAAGAAAUACGAUCUCUUCGGUUGAUUAUGAUGACGAUUCAGAUGUUAGCUUGGUUUCGGAAAUGGAGUUAAAAGAAAUCGCAGAGAAACAAAGCUAUUACAGUUAUCGCAACCCUUACAUUCCCCAAAGAGAAGAUGACAUGCCUCGAGGUUAUACCACUCUAAAUAACAUUAGCCACGAGAUACAAUCAACAUCUGGCGCUUCAAACAUUGAUGAUUUUAAUAUGUCAAACUUAGAAGAAAAUGGCACGUCAAAUGCUGACGAUCUUAAUACUUCAAACAUUCUUUAA